CACGUACACUCACACACGCGCGCGCACAAGACGUUAUCUUCAAUCGCGCAUUGGGUUUUGGUUUUCGACCAUUUCGUUUUUAAUACCGUGUGACGUCCGGCGACGUGCUCGUACCAAUAAUAAAAUCGUCUCGUGGUGAUGUUAAUUAACAACAAUCGUUCGUCUUCAACCAGACACCACACACACGCUCCCUCUUGUGUCCACCAUUUAUAACGUUUCGCGCACGGUGUACCUAGUGUUGGGUCCCGUAAAACUAUUAUUAUUAUUAUUCCGGUACGUCGCCUCUCGUGUCCGCCGAACACCGAGACGAGCAGCUCUACGCACGGCCACCUUCGAUCGCGCGCGCAGCACCGUUUCGCCGAAAAUGUCGUAGCUGCUCGCGCCGUCGCCACCAUCACAAUCGCUGCUGCACCUGUUGUAGUAGCGUGGCGAUAGACAGACAACGUAGUAUAGACAACUUGAUCGUGUCAUCUGACGGGUCAUCUCUACGCUGAUUCGGUUGCAUGAUUCUGCGGAUUGAAAAUCAUAAAUCAAUUAAAUAAAUUAUGUAUUCAAAAAAAAAUAGGCCGCCAUCAUUGUAUUUUACGGCGGUUGAGAUGUUUGAGUCAGUAAAUAAAGAUACAAAAAAGGAUUUGUUAAAAAGGGCAAUUCAUUUAUUAUUCGCAUGGGAGAAGUGUAGUACUGUAAUGUUUGCUGAAUCCUUCAUUCCUGAAUUACAUACUUUCAUUUCUCAAGCUACCAGGGUAUCUGUUAUAGUAUUUCUGGAUCCUGGCUGGAAAACUGUUGCAUGGAAAAUAAAAAAGCGAAUAUCUUCAAUUUUGGCUCAAAUUUUGCAUGCUUUAAAACGUUUGAAUCAAAAACUACCAGAUGCAAUUAAGAAUUGUCAAUUUAUGUUAUCUUUAAUGAAAAAUCCUUGGGGUUAUCGUAAUUUGCCAAAAUUACUUUAUGGAAAUCCAUCUCAAAAAGAAGUUUUAAAAUUUAUCAAGUAUGAAAAGAGUUAUAUGUUUGUUCUGCGUUUGAGAAUGCUUUGUGAAGGGAGGUGUGAAGAUAAAGCACUCAAACUAUCAUCAUUGGCAAUGGAUUUGCAAAACUCAAAAUUGAAUUCCAAAUCUCAUUUCGAAGAACAUGAUUAUGAAUUUAUCAGAGAUAUUUAUUAUGCAUGCCUUGAUAGAACAAAUAAUAGAAAGGAACUUAUUGGUCAUUUAAUGAAAUAUUCUCCUGAAAAUGAUGGUAAAAUCUUAAUGGAAAAUUAUUGUAAAAAAAUUCAGUCACUUAAAAAUUUGCAAAAAGAUAUCAGACCAAGAAUUUGUCAACACAUUGUAUUGGUUUGUGAGAUGGCUGCUUGUAUUAUGGUUGUGAAUUCAUUAAAAAAUUCUAAUAUUUUUGAUAAUAUUGCUGACCUUAUAAGGAAGUGGAGUCUUAUAGUGAUCACAUUGAUGGAAUCCGAUUUACGAUCUGAUAUGAGUUACUCCAAUAUAAAACAAAAAAUUCGUACAUUUGUCAAAGUUGCACCAUCAGCUAGUCAUUUAUAUUUGAUAUGCGAUGUUAUUUAUAGUGAAUUUGGUGCUAAAUUGCCUCGGACAGUGUAUAUAGAAAUAUAUAUCAGAGCGUUAUCAACUAAUAUAAAUGAGAAAGAAAAAUGCAAACAAAUGAGUGAUGGAGAUGGAUCAUUUGAAUCAUUAAAAAAGUUAGUCCAAGGGUAUUUGAAAUUGGCUAAUCUACUUGAAGAUGUUUUAAGCAUAUGUCGAGAAUGUGUAUUAACGGCAUAUUCUUUAAUGCCUUCCAGUGAUCUUAUGAUGAGAGUAGAAAGAUUGGCGGUUAAAAGUGGUAAGCUUAUCCCAACUAAUGUUCCUGAUAUUUCCUGUGACAAAUCCAAAAAAGGAUCUACAUCGAAUCUUAAAUCAGUUCGUAAACGUAAAUCUAAAGCACAUAAGUCUGAUAAAAACUCAAAAUCUGUUCUUGAUGCUUCUGUWAGAAAUUAUUUUAAGAUUCAUUCUGACCUCAGUUCAUUGAAUGAUCCAUUAACACCUAUCAUGCAAGAAGACCUCAUUUCAAUUAUCAAGUACCCUCGUUAUGGAACAUUCAAUUGGAAUCUAGAAUGGCCAAGGAUGAAAAUUUUAUGUCAACAAUAUUUAGAAAAUUUAGAUUUAGUGUUAAAGCGAAAUACACUAAAGCGAUCUGAUUUAACAUAUCUUGACAUUGAUAUUGAAGAAUACAAUAAGUGGACAGAAAUAAAUAUGAGACGAUUAACAAAUGAUAAAGGUUAUUUUAGCAGUGAUAAUAAUUAUAGCGAUAAUGAGUCCAUAGCAUCAAUUGCUUCAUCAGGAGAAAUUGUUAGUUAUAGGAAUAAACCAUCCAAAAGUCGUUCUCGAAAACGAAAAGUUGGUUCGCGUAAACGAAAGACUGGUUCUCAAAAACGACGCAAGGUCAGUCCUAAAAAUAAGCCAAAGCCAAUUACUACUCAAACAAUACCUAGAGUUGGUUUGCGACGAAGCUUAAGAUACAAUAAAAGUAUUGACGAAACGGAUGACUCAACUGUUGGUUCCAUAUUAAAUGAUGAAGCUCAAUACAAGRAUACAAAUACUAACGAUGAAAUUGAAGAUAAUUCUGUUGAUUCUGUUUUAGAAGAAACUGUUAAAAAUGAUGGAUUACACAAACAAUUUAAACCUCAGAUUAAAAAAACACGAGAAAAGAGAAUUAUCAACAAAAAUCAACAUAAAGACUUUGACUAUUCAUGGUCUCUCAGAAAAAAAGGAAAAUCUAUUAAAAACAAUUUAUUGAUUAAGGAGGCUCUUGAAAACAACAAAAUCAACCCAGUAGAAAAACUGAGUAAAGGUGACAAACUCAAAAGCUACUCUACUAAUUUUGAACUUCCACAUUCCAGUAAUGAACAUUUACAUAUGCUAUCAGAACGAAUACCUCAACUAAGUUCAUUAGAUUUCAUAAUGCCAGCAAAUACAGAUCGUAUUGUUAAUGUAGUACAAAUACAAACAACUUCAAGUACUCUUACAAAUGUAUCACAAACGCAAACUGAAAGAGUUUCAAAUCAUCAUUCUAAUAACGAAACAGAAAAAAAAAAUAGCGAAAACCAAACUAAUUCUAAUUCGUUGGAUAAUUUUGUUUCGGUGUAUCAAUCUAAUUCAUUAAAUAAUAGUAUGAACUCUGUUCAAAAUGUUGGAAUUCAUCAAGGAGAAUGUAGUUUCACUGGAAGUGUAUCUGUAAGCAAUCAAAGGGUUACCACUGAUUCAAUUGCAAAUAGUCACAAUACUGUUCAGCAAGAUCAAAGUAAACCAAUUGGGACACAGGAAGUGUUGUUAGAUCAAAAUCAAAUUAACUUGGAUCAUCAACUGCAAAAUUCUGGAGAGCGACUACAAUCUACUAUUGAAAGUGCUGUACAUUUAUCCUCGAAUGUGAUAGUUCGAACAUCUGACGUUAUAAAUCCUAGUCAUGUUACUCAAACUACUGGACAAAUGACUUAUACUACCAAAAAGCCAUCUUCUUAUUGUGUUAAGACACGAGACCGGUUUAUUGAUUUAUCAUUACCAGCAUCAAUUUCUUCUAUAUCAACUAACAGUAAUCGUUCUACAAAUAUUCCACUAGCAAUGAACACAAUCAAAUCAAACUUUGACUCAAAAGUUCAAAAAAAUUCUCCAAUUCAAACAUCAGUAGGCUUGCAAGUCAAUUUCAACAACCUACAAUCUGAUAGUAUUCAAAGUAUUAUGUCUCUGAAUGAUCAAGGAACACAAGUAGGAACCAACAUAACAGACAAUUCGACUAAUAUGUCUUUAUUAAAUGAUCAAAUAAUGAAUUCAGCAAACAGUAGAACUAGUAACUCCUCAAUUGUUAAUACUUCAUUUAUAAAGGAAAAUUCAUUUGAUAAUUUAAAAUCAAACAAUCCUAAGAUAAAUCCAGUUUCAAGUAUACAGACUCAAACUUGUGUUAGUUUACCAAAUGAAGUUUCUCAUCCUAAUGCUUCAGUUAUAUCCUUGAUGAUAGUUUCAACACAAAGUCAGGUUAUUAAGUCCAAUGUGCAAAACUCAAUGUACACAUCCCCACAAAGUCAAAGAAUACAGCUGAAUGACUUGAGCCAUAUCUCUCAAACAAACAAAUCUGAUGAACAAAAAAAGAUUGACAAUUUAAAAUUAAUGAGCCAAACAUUUACUGCUACAUCAGAAGCAAUUCAAUUUGUUACGAGUAAUACAGAAUCGCAACGUCUUAUUCAAAGUAUAGAUAAAAAUAGUGCACCAAAUCUUGCUGUUUUUCAAAGUUCUUCAGAAGGAAUUUCACAUGUCAGCCAAGAAAAUGAUUCAAGUUCUAAAUCAUCAACUAAAGGACGAUGUAAUAUGAGAACUUACGAAAGUAAAACUAGAGCUCUUAAACAAGCUAACAUGUCUGACAUGUUCGUAUUUGAGAAAGGAACAUUGUAUGCAGUUCAAGACGACAUUGUUAGUCAUAUAGAGCCUACCAAAUCAGUCAUCUCUCCUAGAAAUAAUCUUUCAACUAAUGUGAAAAUGCAAAAUCGACAGUCUAAAGAAUGUUUAGAUAAGCCAAAACUUUCCCCAAAUGCAUCUCCAAAUAUCACAAUUACUGGUUCGAUGUUACCAAGAUUUCAACAAGUUUUUGGUAAAACAAAAUUUCCAAAUUCAGCUGUUAUUAAUGACACUUCAUCUUUGUGUUCAACUAGUUUAGCAAGUAAUCUCUCUUCAAAUCUUGGGCCAAUUAUUAAUCGGACCAAUAUAUCAACGCCAAGAGUGUAUUCGUCGUCAAAAGGUGUACAGACUAAUCAUGAUGAUGACACUAUUAGCUCUAAUAUGAAUCGUAUACCACCUAAAGCAGUAGAAAAUAAGCUACAGCAUGCUGUUAAUAUGUCAAAGUCUAGUAAUGUUACGGGGAUUGGAAACAAUAAGAACAAUGUUAUAAUGACAUGUAAAGCCGUUACUUCUGCGAACAAUAUUCCACAAGUUUCAGCCUCGUCUACGCAUCAAGUUCUUACCAGCAACAUUGAAAUUAAAAAAGGACUCAAUAAUAUGCCUAUUUCAAAAGUUCCGAGUACAUUUACCACCAGUUGUAUAAAUUCAUCAAUAGCAUCAUCUAGUUCUAAUUUAAUAUAUUCAAUUCCUAUAUUAAAUGACUCAAAAUCUACUAAUUGUAAUAUAGAUAAACCUUUACAAGGUGUAACACAACUCCAAAGACAACUUAAGAUGUCACCAUCAAUAAUUCAAACAGUGUUACGAAAACAUCCUACUUGGCAACAAAAUAGUUUUCGUCAGGGUAAACAAAGUACAGAAGUACAAACAUCUUCAAUAGAAAGGAUUUUACCUGCAAAUGUGCCAAAUAUUGUCAAAACUUCUGUAGAGUCUUCAAAUAAUAAAAUAUCGAUAAAUACUAUUAAACCAAAUCUUCCAGAAACCAAUGUUAGCACUUUGAUGAUGGAACAAGUGAGAGAGUUUGAAUCAGUAUUAGAAGAAGUAAGAAAAACUUCAUUGAUGAAUGAAAUGAGCACAGCCAGCAUGUUACCACAAAUAAAUCAUGAAAUAAUACAAAUUCCUUCUCCUACAGAAAAUGUUGAUUUGCUUAAUACUGAUAGCAACCAAACAUUAUUUCCCUUGAAUAAAAAAUCAAAUGUAAAUAGUGAACGAGAUCGUUGUUCAUUUUCAUUUUUGAACCAAACAUUGUCAAAUGUAAAUGAUUUGACUAGUGAUGAUAAAGAACUCGUAACAAUACAACCAGCUAUAAUUUCAGUUCGUAGUGUUACUCCUACUCCCCCAUUAACAUCACCUAAUAACAAUGUGUCUGUUAAUCUAGUUGAUUCACAGUGUGCUAAGCAGCAGAUUGCAAAUAAGGUAAAACCUGUUAUUAAGACACCAGCAAGUUCUCCAUCUACUUCAGCUGUAAAAGUUCCAGUUUUGCAAAAACCUUUGCCUAAAUUACAAGAAGAUGAACAAACUACUCAACGAAUUUAUGCAAUACUCGAUAAAUAUGCUGAACAACUUCGUAAUUCACCAGAGUUGAAAAAUAAGCCAGCUCCAAGACGUAGAACUAACCCACCUACAAAUCCAAGCCUGAAUGCCAAACGUAAAAAGACAAAUCAAUUAAAUUUAAAAACAUGUUCUCAACAAACAUCUUGCUCAUCAUCUGGUAUGGAAAUGAGCCCCACAUCUGACAUGCAAGCUAUUGACAGUGAGGAUAGUUCUAAUGCUGUAAGUCAUUUUUCACAUAUUAUCAACUCUCCAUCCAGAAAUUCAGAUGAACAAUCUACGGUGGUUUCAGAAACACCGUUAAUUGAAAAUUCAUUAAUUAAUGUUAAUGAUGUUAUUAAAAAAAUCAAUAUUGAAGCUGAAAUGAAAUCUAAAGUUUCUCAAUCCACCCAAAUUGUUGUAAGUGGUACAUCCGGAUCUUUUUUAUCUAUACCUGAUGGCAAUGCAGCAAAUGUUAGACUUCUUGUUGCAUCGGGGAGUAAUCAAAAGAUGUACAGGCUCCACUGUCCUGUAACUGGACCUGGGCCUGUAGUUUUUCAUCAAAUUACUGCUAAAGAUUCUUGCUCAAACGAUGUUAAAAUGGCUUCUAAUAUAUUAGGACAGAAUAUUAAUGAAUCAACUAUUUUAUCUGCUUUAUCUGCUGAUAAUUUACAAAUUGCCAAUACAAGUUUAGGAAGUGAAAUUUUGCAUAAUACUUUACAAAACUUUGAUCAUAAAACAAAUAAACUUGAUAUUCUUUUGGAAUCAAUGGAAAAAGCUCAAGUACUUGAUAAUAAUCAAAAACAAUUGUCAUUUCCAGUAAUGAAAAAAAAUCAAGCAUCUCAAAGCACAUUUAGUGUCAUACAUACUCUUCCAUGUACACCUAAAUUAGAACCAAAUGAAAAUAAUGAAUUAUUAUCUGAAGCUCAAAAUAAUAUUUCAGAAAGUAUUCAUAAAGAUUAUUGUGAUAAUGAACAAAAUACUAACAUGAACCAAGAACAAAUUAAUAACUCUAAUAUGGAUCAAUUAGUUAAUAAACAAGAAAAAUUAAGUACAGCUCUUAAAAAAGAGCCACCAUUUAUUCCACCUGAAUCUUUAGAAAGCAGUGGCCUUUCUUAUGAAGAUAUGGAGUUUCCAUCAUUUGACCUUCAUGAAGAAGAAGAAGAAACUAAUGAAAACUUGACCAAUAUUAAUAAUAAAAGUAGCCAACAAAACACAUCRAAUGAAAAUGAAAAUAAAUUUGAGAAUACAAAUGUUAAACAAACAUUGGUUGAUUGUUUGAGCGAUAAUAAAGUAUCUAAUAAUGGAAAUGAUGGGCAUAUUGUGAAGUGUGAGGAUGGUCCGAUAGUUAAGCAAGAAAACGACACAUGUGAUAUUACUAUUGGGAAAAGACCUAAUAUUUUAGAACUUGCAAGUCCUAUAAAAAAAGAUGACAAAUCAAAUAUAGUGAUAGACAAUGUUGCUGCUGYCUCAACUGCUGAAAUACCUUCAACCAUCACUCAAACUUAUAAACAAAAAGACAAAUUAUCACCAACAGUUGUUAAGAUAGAGCUUGAAUCAGAAAAUGAAAACGAAAGUACAUUAAGUAAUACUGUAUAUAAUAUGCUUGAUAAUCAGUCUGCUAACAGUACUCAUACAAAAAUUGGAUCAUUGACUCUCUGUUUAAAAAAUGACAAAUCGGCGAAGAAUUGGAUUAAUUGUUUAUCUAAAAUUAUGCUACCAGGAACUGAAAAAAUGUUGGAAGGUGAAAAUUUAAAACGAUUACAGGAAUCAUUUCAAGGUACCAAAAUUAAAACAUUUAAAGAUUUGAAAGUAUUUGUAUAUGAGCAAUGUAAAAUAUUUGACAAUAAUGUUGAAACACCUAAAGAAUAUGAUUUAUAUGAAGAUAUUGAUGGUCUUGGUGUUGAUAAGCCAAGCACUAAUGAACUUUUUCCUGAUGUGGCCAUAUUAAAUGAUUUAGACAAAUCUCUAAGUCCUACCCUCUGUCUAUUACAAGCAUCUACAUCAAAGUCAAAUGAUACUAGUCCUUUACAAGCUAGACGUAAAUCGGUUUUAUCUCAUACAACUACCACUACAGUUAUUCCAACUGCUGGGGAACAGACAACUGUUGUUUGUAAGAAAAACAAAACAAAAGUAUCAUUUUUAAAACAAGCUUUGUAUAAUGAAAUGAAUCAAGACUCUAAUGAUAGUGAGACAAAACCAUUUAUAAAUGGUAUCAAGACUGUUUUAGAUUCAAUUGAACAAAUUGAUUCAUGUCCAGAAUCACCAUCAAAUACUACUGCCAUGGAUUCAGAAACAUGCAUGUCGGAAGAUAGUACUUCAACAAUUAGCAGUGGCACACCACAUUAUAACUUUCGCAAAAGUAAACGCAAAAAUGUUGAAGAAGAUGGAUUUAUCGAAUCUCAGGUAAUAAAACGAAUGUAUAGAGGUCGCACGUCAGAAGAAAAUGAAGAAAAAUCUGAACUCCCUAAACUGAACAACAUAAAAACCCAGACACCUGAACAAAAGCCAAUAGUUGAAAAAAAAGAAUGCAAUAAUAGAAGAAUAUCGAGUCGCCUUAAAAACAAUGUCAAGAAUAAUCAGCAAGUAUCAAGUAAAUCUCCACAGCUAGAUAUUCCAUCUUGUAAGUUAACAUCAACACGAGCAUCCCUYAGGAGAGUUUCUAGGAAAACUAAUUAAUUAAUUUCAGAGUUUAAAUAUACAAAUAUGUUAUUUAUUAAAUGCUACUUAAGUUACCAUUAAUAAUGCUGGAGGAUUAUCUAGUUCAAAAAUCAGAAAAUAUG